GCUGCAGUAGAGCGCUCCUACUCCAUGUCUCUCAGACUCAUUUUAUUUCAGCCAUGCUCUGUCGUCCCCUUCUCCUUGGGUUUUUUAUCUUUACGUCGGUGACAUGUUUUCUUUUGCGAUAGUUUUGGUGCAUUUCUUGGCUCUUCAGCUGCGACACUGUGCAGCUGAUCUGUGCAACUGGACCGGGAGCGGUUUUGCAGCUGGCGUGGACUCCAGGAUCGUGCUCCAGGUGCGGCUGCGGUGCACCGAGGGCUCGGUGAGGUGGCUGUACCCAGGCCAGGCUCUCCGGGUGGUGCUGGAGCCGAACCUGUCCUCCAACCUGCGCACCACCGUCUGCAUCAAACCGUCGCCCUCCUUCCGCGGGGCCAGUGUGUUCGUGGAACGCGCCGGAGAGCUGGAGCUGCUGGUGGCGGACGGAGAGCGGCCGCAGCAGGUCUUCUGUUUCCGGGCUGAAGGAUCGCGCAGGCCCGCUUUAUACCUCCAGGCCAGCCCGCAGAGUGACGGGCACUGGAGCAGACGCACGAUGAGCUUCAGAUACGAGCUGCUGGGGAACAGGAGCGCGGCGCCCAGCCUGGGUCACAGCGGGCAACAGGCUUCUUGUCGACCCUGCAAUGAUACUGAACUCCUGAUGGCCAUCUGCAACAGUGACUUUGUGAUCCGAGGCCACAUCAAGAACAUCUCCCACAGCUCUGCAAGUCAGACAUCGUUGGUGGAGGUGUCAGCGGUGAGGGUGUACUGGCAGCGUAGUGGAGUGUUUGAGCGACGUGUGGAUCCGGGGUCACCUCGGUCCGUCUCAACGUGGCAUGGACACAUCCACGCACUCCUGCAGUGCCACGUGAAGCCUGGGGACGGAGAGUUUCUCUUCACAGGGUCAGAACACUUUGGGGAAGCGUGGUUAGGGUGUGCACCGCGAUACAAAGACUUCCUCUCCGUCUACCAGACUGCCCGGGCGGCACGUCGGAAUUCCUGUGACUUCCCUUUAGACUGAGGAAGUGUGUUGUUGUAGCACCACUGAGCCCGACAGUCUUAAUCCACAGGCAUUUUCACCCCUGUACUGGCAGUGUGGGAUCCCUGUGAUGUUUUAAUGUGCCAUCCUGGUGGCAUCGAAUAUCACCAGCAGAGACAGAGUGACUGAUUUUCUGGUGAAACGCACAUUUGGAGGAGUGGAACAGGAGCAAACAGCAGGGGCCUCCUGCACCAGGGCUCAGGGAGGGCCUGCUUUUGUCUCUCUCACAUCACCGUCCUCGGCCCUGGGAGACUAGGAAGGGGUUGGGUGGCUGCUCGGUCUUUGUGCGUCUCCACACAUCCACUGUUGUUCACUUUGCCGGCUCUGUGUGAGAGUUGCCCUCUGAACUGUGGUGGGAGGGGAAGACUGAAGGGCCGCCAUUUUUCAAGGUUGUCUUCAUGAAUAAAGGCUUGAACAUG